AAAUUUAUACCACAAUGUCAUUGUUCUGUGCUAAAUCGAAGUGUUCUAUGUUUGUAAAAAUAUUUUAGUGACUAAUAGGGUUAUCCACUUCGAUUGUCAAAAAACUUGAAAAAACUUGUUAAACAUUUCAUUACAUAUCACAAAAGUGAAAAUUAAACACUUGAAAUUAUUAGUUUUACGAAGGUUUUAAUUGGACUAUAAUCAAGCACCUGUUAAAUGUUUUCAACUACAGCCUGAAAUAAUGGCAUCAGCAUGGAAAUCUCCUGAGGAUUUUGAGAAUGAUUUAUGGGCAUUUUCAGAAACAAACGAUGAUGGUAACACUCAUGAUCCUCCUCCACUCACAAUAUUGCAAUACAAUGCUGAAAUCGAGGCAAAUAGUAAUUCUAGUAUAUUUGAUACAGAUUAUUCAAACGAACCUGUUAUAUAUCUAAGCACUGGACGAGGUCGAGGAGGUAUAAGUCAGAUGUUUAGGCCCGGAAUUACAGUUAAAAAUGAUGAUGAAGAUGAGCACACUGUACAAAAAUAUUUACGAAAGGUGUCUGGAUUAGGAUACUCGAACGAAUUGAUUCAGAAAUCUUUCAAAAAAUCCACUCCACAACCAAAAGAAGAAUUCUGUGAUACAGAGUGUGAUAAUAGUGAUAAUUAUUCUACCUCAGAUCAAACGGAUAGAUUAAAAAUGACCACUCCAUCGAAAGAAUCUUUAUCGAAUCAUGUUUCAACCAGAUCAAGUCCUAUUGGAGUAAAUCCUGUUGAACAACCUCUUCCACUUAGUGUUAUAUUAUGCCAAGCAAAGAAAAAUAUGAAAACUGAUAAACAAAAUACUGUAAGAAAAAAGGCUCAUACUUUAAAUCCUGAAGCUCCUGAAUUUAAGGUACUAAGUUUGAAUCAAAAUGUACAAUCGAAUAGGUUACUGGAUGAAUCUCCACAAACUAGUGAAUCAAUAGAAUCAGAUAACUUUGAAUCAUAUUCAAGUGGGGAUGAACCAUCAAGAAAAAAGAGAAAUGGUAUUCAUUCGGGUAGAGAUUUUACAAGGAAUUGUAAUGUUAAUAGAUUAUUACUUAAUGAUAUACCUUUGGAAAGGAAUACUAUAUCUUGGAGACAAAAAGAUCGAAAAACUUUUAAUGUAGAUUCGGUCAGCGACUUUCCGCCACUUUAAAUUUAUAAAAAUUUUGAUUCAGAUGGUACGAUACAGGAAAAGUAGUUUUUCAAGAGUCGAUUCGUCCUAGGUAAAAAUUCGUCUUUUUAGGGAAGGUUUAUUAAAAGGGGAAAACUUGAGUGUAUUAUAAACAACAAGAAUCUAAGAGCCUAUCUAAGAGUCUUUAUAAUAUGAAGAGAUACAGAUACAGAACUAUUUGAAGAAUCCUCAUUUAAACUAACACCCAACCCAAUUGUGUUUUCUAGGAUAAUUCAAAGGCAAUUGACACACAAAACACUCUAUCAACUAUUUGAAUCCACCACAAAGUGUGGAGCUCACUAUAGUACUACUGUUGUAUUUUUUUGUCAUUUUAUAGUCCUGCUUCUUGUUGUUAUAUUUACCUCUUCCAUUCAUCCCUUUCUUUUAUUUCCAUAAUGUAGUUGACAUAUUGGAACAUUAUCUGGUGUUGAUUGUUGAAUCUCUUAGGAAAUUUAGUUCGGUUGGGUUUCUAGUUUUACCUGAAGGUUAUUUCUUGACGUUGAAAAUAAUUCAAAAUCAAAAUAUUCUUCCAUUUUCUCUUCUCCAAGCUAAUACAUUAUUUUUCCCAUUAUUCCUCUUCUCUAUUGCAUAAUCUCGCAUGUUUCCUCUGGUAUAUUAGGGCCUACUUGUGGACCAGUAGAUCUAUGGGCAACAUUCUGGAGAUAACUUCUGUUGAGGUCGUUUUUGUAACCUAGAGAAGAACUUUUUACUGAAUUUUGAAUGUUUUAGCUUAUUCUCACUCAAAUCUCACUACAACUUUUCUUUUGAGUGACGGAUUCAUCAAUAUUUGAAUUGGAUCCUCCACAAAGUAUGAAACUCAUUGUAGUACUACCCACUAUAACCUCCAUGGUAACAAACAUCUUUGUUUACCGAUUUAAUAGUCUCACUUGUUAUAUUUGCCUCCUCCACUUGUCCCUUUCUUUUAUUUUCAUAGGCUGGAACAUUAUCUAGUAUUCGUUUCUUAAGAUAACCUCUGUGGAAGUCAUUUUGGUAACCCAAAGGAGAACUUUGUACUGGAUCGACUCAAAAUCUCAAUUUGCUAUUUUGACUUCUUUUUUUUUUCUUAUUAUAUUUACUAAAGGGAACCAAAAAUUAAAAUUUGUAUUGUUCAUCCAAAUUAAUGUUCCAAAAAUAUCAUUAGUCAAUUGUGGACAUCGGCUUGGAUCUUUAUUAAUCAAAAUUGACAAUUGUUGACAUUUGUUUUUACUACAAGACAUAAAAAUUUUAUUUUUGGAAUGAUUAUUUUUUUAAAUUCUUAUAAGGACAUUUUACUUGUGAAUAUAAUAAAAAAAUAUUAAUUUGUUCCCCCAUUGACAUUAUUUUUAUUGGAACAAAAGUCUGUAUAACCAAAAAUUUUCAUUCUAGUGGUAAGGAAAUUCUUUAGAAAUAUGUUAAAUUGAAGGAAAUUUCCAAACAAAUCAUACUCCACCACUUAGAUUUAACAUUUAGCAAAAAUAUUCAUUUAUUUAGUGGUAUGGAAAUUCUUCGGAAAUAUGUUAAAUUGAAGAAAGUUUUCCAAUCAUAUGAAAUAUGUUUGUUAAAAAUUUUCAUAAUCAGUUGCAAACAUGAGCCUUUUAGUCUUGAAACCACUACUCUGAACUUAGUUACCAGUUAACUAGUUCAUUGAAAUUACCAGUUUACCAGAUCUCUGUUCAAGCUGCUUCUUCAAGAAAAGGACGAAAUUAAAUUAGGAACUUGUAAACCAAGUACCAUAAAUUGUAGCCUUGGAAACUUCAGUCAAAUUACGUAUUUUAUAUCCAUUAUCAUGAGCUGCUUGUAUAAGAAAAGGUCGACCUAAGCCUGGACACUAAUUACCAUGAAAGAAACUGUAGCUUUGGAACCAUGAACCAUGAAACGCCAUAUUUUGUAGACACUAUUAUGAGUUGCUUCUUUAAGAGAAUGUAACUGUAACCUUGGAACCACCGCUCUAUACACAUUUUGCAGACACUAUUAUGAGUUGCUCCUUAAAAAAAGGACGACGACCUCACUUUGGAACUAAUCUACCAAGUUUCAGUCACCACACAUAAAUUGAAGCCUUGAAACCAUCAGUUGAAGCACAUAUUUUGCAACCACUAUUAUGGGCUGCUUGUAAAGGAAAAUGUCCACCUAAGCCUGGGCACUAAUUACCAUGUAGUCUUGGAACCAUGAAACGCCAUAUUUUGCACACUAUUAUGAGCUACUUCUGUAGAAGAAGACCUAAACUUGGGUACAUGUAAACCAAGUUACAAUUACCAAACAUAAAUUGUAGCCUUGAAAUCAUCAGUCGAAGCACAUAUUUUUCAUCCAUUAUUAUGAACUUCUCGUAGAGGACCUAAGCUGGGCACUAGUCAACCGUGCUCCAGUCACCAUGAAGGAAACUGUAGUCUUGGAACCACCUCUCCAAACGCCAAAUGUUCUGGACACUAUUAUGAACUAUUUGGAACCACCAUUCUAUACACUUUUUGCAGACACUAUUAUGAGUUGCUUCUACAAGAAAAGGACGACUAGCUUGAGAACUAGUCAACCAAGUUUCAGUUACCAUGAAACAGAUUGUAACCUUGGAACUAAUUCUCCAAACACAUGUUAUAGACAAUAUUGUGGAUUGUUUCUUCGAAGAAAUGCUUGGUUACCCAAAACAAACUGUAGUCCUGGACGCCACUCUAAACUCAAGUUACCAGUUCAAUUAGAACUAGCAAGAUGCUUUUUCCAAAGAUGGAUAAAUUAUUUUGGGAACUAAACGAAUUCCAGUCGCCAAAAACAAAUACAAACUGUAACCUUGGAACCACCACUCUAUACACAUUUUGCAGACACUUUCGAGCCGUUUCUUCAAGAAAAGUAUAACUUUACUUUGGCCAUACUCAAUCAAGUUUCAAUCACCUUGGAACUACCUCUUCAAACACACAUUUUAUGGAUACAUUUGUGAAUUACAUAUUCGAAGAAAUGCUCAGUUACCAAAAACAAAAUGUACUUUCAAAACUAAAGUUACCAGUCAACCAGUUCAAUUACAACUAUCAGAAGCUGCUUCCUCAAAAGAUGAACUAGUGUAGUUGAAUCUUAGGCAAAGAGUCUAAGCUAGAGCCUUAGUCUUUCCUCUGCACAAAGGUUUGCUUCUUGAUAUUGUCCCAGUAGAGACUUGUUAGUUCUCGCUUAAAGAAUUCUCUUCUAUUAGUCCAAAUUUGUAACAAAAAAAUGACCUGGUCACAAUACGAACCCAAAGUUUCUCUUUCUCGAAUUGAUUGACAAAUUAACUGAUUAUGAAAAGUCAUUAUAUAUAUUUAUGUGCAAGCUAGUUAUAAGUUAAUAUUUAUUUUUAGUAAAUAUUUUAUUCAAAUAAAUUAUUUCAUUAC